AUGCAUUUUAUCAAGACCAUUAUCUCCCUCGUUGCAUUUUCCGGCUUCGCUGCUGCGCACCAAACUGAGGAUGAUGACUAUGCCGGCCUCUCCCGCCGUGAGAUCGCUGAAAUCGCUCGUGAAGACUACCUCGUGGCCCGCGACGAGUACAUUGAGAAGCGUGACCUCUACCUCCGUGCUACAAAAAAGGCGGCAGCUGGCAAGAAAGCUGCCCCUGCCAAAGGCGGCGCGAAGAAUGGACACCUGAGCGGCGGCGGUGUCGGUACCUGCGUUCCUGGAGGACUUUGCACAAAGGGCGGCGCCGCGUGCGGCUUUUGUAGCCAUUCCGCAACUGUUGGCCAGGGCUGCCUCUGCGACUUAGACAAGCAUUGA